AUAGUAGAUCAGCGGCAAAAGACAGAGGCUUACAAGAACGCGUUGCAGCAGAUCCUGGAUGCUGGGGAGCCGGAAGCAUGCAAGGACUUCGUCCACCACAUGCUGACAGAUGAGGUGCCCCUGGUCAUCAGCCGGCAGCUGCUGCUUAUGUUCGCCCAGGGCAUCUCGCGUCUCCCAAUUGCAGCCCAUGUGUCGGUAGCCACCGCGGCUCUGGAGCGGCUCCAGCCCCGAGUGGUUUCCUUCGAGGACAGCGUAGUUCUGCUGAGGGAGACCUUGGCGGAGGCGCUGGAGAAGGAGGAGGAGUGGAGCAGAGCAGCGCAGGUGCUGUCCGGCAUCGACUUGGAAUCGGGCGGUCGCGCAAUGGAGCCGUCUUACAAGCUCAGUAAGAACAUCAAGAUCGCGAUGCUGUACCUGGAGGAUGAUGACUCGGUCAAUGCAGAAAUGCACAUCAAGAAGGCGGCGGCGCUCAUUAGCAGCUGCAAGGAUGAAGGGCUGGAGCUGCAGUACAAGACCUGCUAUGCCCGCAUCCUGGACGCCAAGCGCCGCUUCCUGGAGGCCGCACUGCGGUACUACGAACUGUCCUCCAUAAGGCCCGCGGCGGCGGGGAGUCUGCAGUUGGACGAGGGCGAUUUGGAGACCGCGCUGCGUUCCGCCAUCACGUGCACCGUACUGGCACCCGCGGGGCCGCAGAGGUCGAGGAUGCUGGCGGCGCUGUACAAGGACGAGCGCAGCUCCCGAUUGGGCGACCUUUACCCCUUUUUGCAAAAGGUCUAUUUGGAGAGGAUCUUGGACAGGGCGGAGGUGGAGGCCUUCGCAAAGGGCCUCAAACCGCACCAGGUAGCACUAGUAGGCGGCGGCGGAACCGUUUUGGAUCGAGCUGUCGUACAACACAACCUGGCGGCGGCGUCGCGGCUGUACAGCAACAUUAGAUUAGGGGCACUGGGGGGUCUACUGGGCUUGAGUGCGGAGGCGGCGGAGGCGGUGGCGGCGGAUAUGGUGGCGGAGGGCCGCAUGGCGGGGAGCAUUGACCAGGUGGAUCAGCUGAUUCACUUUGGUUCCAAGGUGGAGGUGGAGGCGCUGCUUAGAUGGGACGACUCCAUCCGGGCCGCUUGC